AUGCAAGAAGAGAUAUUGAUUCCCUUUGUGUUUGUUGAGAACUGUCAGAAUCAAACCACUUCAGAAUCUCUCUACCCUGUUGAUGACGAUCACUUACUCAAGGCUGUAGACAAAACAGCUGUAAAUUUUAUUGUAACUGAUGAACAAGGGUCUGAUGAGCUCAGCAACAUGGCAGAAUACCUAAAGAGACUUUAUUACUGGUUCCUUUUGGGUCCAAUUAUCACGCUCGAAUGGCUGAGACGAAAGAAGAAACUCUGUUGUGUGACGAUAUCACAACAAGUCCAUGAGGAAUCUGCAGCUGACAACGAGGAAAAUGCGCGGUUAGUCCCAAGAGUCGAGGAGAGUCAGGAACAGAACAUACAAGACAUCACCGGCGGGGAAAUUGAAAGUGAGACUCAACCUCUAAUCACUACAGCAGACACAGACACUGAUAUAACAACAAUUAACCACAUGGGCAGAAUUAUAGUUCGUGUGACAAGGAUAUUUGGAAUCCGUUACCUCGCAGUUUGUCUUGGUUACGUGCUUCUCACUCUGGCAGCGCUCCCUGUAGGUAUAUCAAGUGGGGGAUGGUCUUUUUUCCGAUUUGAUGAACAAGAAAGAAAUAAGCAAAAAAACUUUUGGAACUCUAUUCUACCCGACAACAGCACUAAAUUCCCCCUAGGAAAAGCACGUCGGGUUUCAUGUAUUCUCACUUUUUGGUGGUCAGCUUUUCAAAUCUUUUGUUUUUUCAUUUACAGUAGGUUUAAUUGUGCGAGUACUUGGACCGUUUUGACAAACGGUUCAAAGUUGAUUCGAAGUGACUGGUUUUCAUCCAACAUGUAUUUGCUCUUAUUAUGUGCAAUCGUGCCAUACUGUUCCCUCGGACCUAUUUCUUCGCAGUUUCUCUUUUUUAUGGUUUACAAUAUGAUGUGCACAGUCUCCAAUUUUCUUUUCAUUAUCAUCCUCAACAAACACAAAGUUGUCACAAGGUAUGUGUUGUACAUCAGUGUGUGUAUGACCUGUGCUUAUGUUGAAAGUGACAUAGUAGCUGUGUUUUAUUUCAUCCUUAAUUCUCAAGGCUCCCUGAACAAGUUAAAACUCACAGCUCUUCGCACUGCAGCACUUGGCCUCACUUUGACCCUGAGUUUCAGUUCUUCAAUGCACAUAAUCCGCAAACUUAUGAAGCCACAGGAGUCUGUGUUUGAGGGACUGGGAGAGAGGUGA